UCCAUUUAACGCUGUGAUGAUUUUGUCGUUGUAAUAACCAUGUUUACCCGCAGAGGGAAAAUGCUAGCCUACUACUUCAGCUCAAUUUAAAGACUACCGAAGAAAUGCAUUUGAAUAAAGCUGAAAACAUCAGACCAAAAUGUCUCAGUAUGCAUGCAAGACCACAACAGAUGCACAAGUUUUUCGGGGCUAUUUUAGCACCUAUCAAUAUCCUGUCUGUAGGAAAUGACAGCAGAGGGCGCUAUGAGUCCAAGACAUGAUUUGUGGUUCUGUUGCAUCCAGUAAACUGAAGUUAGCGGCUGCAGCCGGCUGGUGUUCAUUUUUCCUGCAACACUCGGAUGAGUGAAAAUAGUUUCUAGUUCGUUCAGGAGUACUGGAGUACAUGAGAAUGUGCAAAAUAUUACAGAGGUAGAACAUCUUCAAGUUUUGGGUUUUACCUUUUGUAUUAGGACAUAAGCAGAGUCUUCAUGUUAAAUGAACAAUGAGAAGGAUGAUCCAGGGUCUGCAGGUGUGUUUGCUCCUGCUGAUGGUAGAAAGACUACAGGGUAAGAUAACAGCGCCAGAGCGUCUGGAAGCUCCAGUGCAGAAGCCCUUCACUCUGACCUGCAGUGUUUCCAGGGAACGAGGUGAAUCCCUGAGGCAGGUGAUUUGGCUAGAUGUCCAGAACCAGACCCUGCUGAGUUACCAGCCUGGCCACAGAGACAGUGUGAGUGGACAGCAGCAUGUGGAGCUCGCCUCCUCCCCAAAGGACACCUCAGCUAUCACAAUCCGCAGGGUGAGCUACCGCGACGAAGGCUGCUACACCUGCAUCUUUGACAUGCAUCCUACUGGUCCAAAGCAAGGACAGACCUGCCUCACUGUUAUCUCACAGGUGACUGCUGACAACAACAAGACAGCAGUGAGCGGCAAGAAGGUGACCCUCUCAUGCUCUUAUGGUUUGCCUGAAAAGGUGCAGCAUGUCAUAUGGACACACACUUCUGCACAAGGAAAUUCCACAGAGGUGGCUUCCUUUGCAAAGCAGAGCGACCCCAUGAUUGAGCCACCAUACCAGGGAAGAGUCUGGCUCAGUGCCUUCCUGUCUCACAGCCAGCUCACCAUUCAGCCUGUCACUGUGCAGGAUGAGGGCUGCUACACCUGCCUGUACAGCACACACCCUGAUGGACCAAAAAGCUCCAGGGUUUGUCUCUCCACCUACGUGCUGCCCAAACCCCAGGUGAUCUACAAGACCACCUCUCCAGGUGUGAUUGAGGCCAACUGCACCUGCGUGUCACGCCCUCCGGCAGAGAUCGUGUGGAACGUGGAGAGAGAUAACCGCACCAUGGGCCCCCCUGUGACCACCCAGCUCCCCCAGGGUGACGGAACCACUCUGGUCAUCAGUACACUGACUGUCCAAUCGGGCCUGCUGAAAGAUGUGUCCGUCAAAUGCUUGGUGCACCACAAAGGGCUGGAAUCACCAAUUGCUGUAUCCAUGAACACUAAAAUUGGGACAGCUCUCACCAUCCUGAUCUCAGUCACCACAGUAGCAGCUCUAUUGGUCUUGUCCCUCUGCUUCUGCCUAUGGAAGUGCUUUUUGCGCAAAGAAGCUGAUUAAUAUUAUAGAAGAGACCAGAGCCUGAAAAGAAGAGGCAGUGCUUCUCAGAGCUAACCUUGCAGAACCUCUUCCCUCCAUCAUCAUUAUCAUCAUCUUGGUACAAAGGGAGGGUGUCUUGACACAUUACUAUGGAUGUGUCCAGUACAAUCCUAUUGAUGAGCACCGGACAUUCGACUCUGCUCUUCUGCCUCUUUAUCUGACUCUUGUCCAAGCUGUCCUCGCAUGAAGUCCAUAAGAAGAUGUUGACUGGAACAUUUUUUUGUCUCUGGUUCUGUAACUGAUUGAGUCAGUGGCUGCCAACUGUGCAGCGCACAGCAGAGUCAAUGUAUGGCAAAAUAAUAAGCAUGGGUACUGUACUUUACUCUAAGUUUGAUCCAGUAGACACUAUUCUUCUUCCAUAAAUACUCACUAAAACACCAAAUGUGUAUUAAUCUGUGGCUGAAAAAAGCCAACAAAGGCAUUUUUUCAUACCUGCUUAAGUAAUAUUUGCUACAAACUACAGUGCCCAUCUGUGGUUUUAGUAAAGUAUUUAGUCUUAUUUACUACUGAAACUGUACUCUAUACCCGUGUCCUGUUUUUGAAGAUUCCUCUCUUAAUUAGUCUGUGUUUAUGGGUUUGUUUGUUUUUUUUGACAAGAGGAAAAAUAUAGACUCUCCCAUUUAUAAGUAACACAACUAAUUGGCACGUUGAGCUUACCUUUAAGGUCUAUCUUCUUGUACCUCAGUCGAUGGCCUCUGUCACUUCUGUGUAUUGUGAAGGGUGGGUCUUGUCAGAAGUAGUUUUUUAUUAGCUAAACUAAAGGGCUGCAUACUUACAGCAUGUCUUGUUUGUAUAAUGUCUGUUGCAAACUUUUCUACAGGUCUGUUUAGGUGUGUACUGUAUGAGAGAGUAUACAAAGUCUGCUCACACUGCUGACUUUGUAUAGUCAGCAGUGUGAGCAGUGUUAUACUGUGGGAGUGGGGGACAUUUUGGCCGGCCUCACUUCCCACAACAGGUUUUUGAGGGUUCAGGUUAGAAUUAGCUUAAGGUUAGAUUAGGAUAAGGGGCUAGGGAAUGCAUUAUAUCAGUGAGUGUCCUCACAAAGACAGAAGUACAAAUGUGUGUGGGUGGAGGGGGUGUUGUUGUAUAUUUGGUAGAGAUUUCCUUCCAUGGUCAACUGACUUGAAUCAGUACCCUGAGGAAGCAAAGCUGAAACCUUUUUGGUGCCCCUUCAAAGGAAUGUGAAUGCACUGUACUACACGUGCAUUUAAAUAGGUAAGCUGCUUGUUAAAAUAAUCUUGCAUAUCAAAGCAUAUGUCAGUUAUCUACUUCAGGUUAUCAAACUAUCUGGGUUCAGUCACAGUCCUCACUAGUAAUAUGAUUUUCAGUAGCAUUCCUCUGUGGAGUUUCACUAUAUGUAUACCACAGUGAUUAUGAGCACAGAGCUGGGAUUUGAAUAAUUCUGAAAUGUGGCUUUAGAUAAUUUUUUUAAUAAUGAAAAUGCACCCAGCACCCUGUACGGAGCAACUGUAGAUGAAAUGAUGUGUUGUGACCAACUUUGUAAACUUGUUAUAGUAAAUGCAACAAAAAUAAAAAAGUAA